GGCCUAUCCCGAAGGGGCGGAUCCUGUGUGGAGCCUGCCGCUCGCUCUUUCCCUGACCCGCAUUGAUACCGGAGAGCGGGGGCUCAACGGAUGGGGGCGGGGCCCAGUUGGAGCCCCGCCCCUCCCCCCUCUUUCUCCGCCCCUGGCCCUGGAGCCGGGACUUGGGCUCAUUUGGACCCGGCCGGCUCGCAGGCGCGGUGGUGGUUGGUGGCAGCUCGGCUCCCCGGGGACUCGCACUGCAGCGUGGAGGGGCAGGAAUGAAAGUGGGCGUAAUCCACUGUAGAUGUUCCAGGUGUUUUUCUUUCCCUUCAAAACGAAGGGUAAGAAAACGGCCUCGAGUCCUGACAUUACUGAAUCUCCCUGAAGACGUUCUGUUUCAUGUUCUGAAAGGCCUUCCUGCUGAGGAUAUCCUCUCCAUCCGAGCUGUGCACUCGCAUCUUAAAUACCUUGUAGAUAAUCAUGCUAGUGUUUGGGCAUGUGCAAGUUUUCAAGAAGUAUGGCCUUCUCCAAACAAUCUGAAGAUGUUUGAAAGGGCUGCUGAAAGGGGUAACUUUGAAGCUGCUGUGAAGCUGGGCAUAGCAUACCUGUACAACGAAGGCUUAUCCAUCUCCGAUGAGGGUCGUGCAGAAGUGAAUGGGUUAAAGGCAUCUCAUUUCUUCAGCCUGACGGAGCGUCUGAAUGUCUGUGCAGCCCCCUUUAUCUGGCUCUUUAUUCGUCCCCCGUGGUCCGUGAGCGGGAGCUGUUGUAAAGCUGUGGUCUAUGAGAGCCUCAAAGCAGAGUGUCAGUUGCAGAAAGCCCAGAAAGGCUCUAUUCUCCACUGCUUGGCUAAGGUUUUAAGUCUCUUUGAGGAUGAAGAAAAAAGGAAAGAAGCCCUUGAAAUGUUUGAAGAGUCUUCGAAGCAGGGUUGCCUAAAUAGCUCCUACCUCCUCUGGGAAAGUAACAGAAGAGCUGCUAUGUCAGAUCCCGGCAGAUACCUUCAGAGCCUCAGGAAACUAAGGGAUUAUGCAGCAAAGGGUUGCUGGGAAGCCCAGAUAUCUUUAGCCAAAGCUUGUGGGAAUGGAAACCAGCUAGGAUUAGAAGCAAAAGCCUCCAAUGAGAUGGUGUCUCAGCUCUUCCAGACUUCCCUUUCUGUCAGAAAGCAAAGCAUCUUCACUGUGCAGAAGGGAAUGAAUGAAACAAUGAGGUACAUCCUGAUUGACUGGCUGGUAGAAGUGGCCACCAUGAAAGAUUUCUCCAGCCUUUGUCUUCAUAUGACAGUGGGGUGCGUGGAUCGGUACUUGAAGCUGAGACCUGUAUCCCGGGCCCGGCUCCAGCUUUUGGGAAUCGCGUGCAUGGUCAUUUGUACACGCUUCAUCAGCAAAGAGAUCUUGACAAUACGGGAAGCUGUGUGGCUAACAGACAACACAUACAAAUAUGAAGAUCUAGUCCGGAUGAUGGGGGAGAUCAUCUCUGCCCUGGAAGGCAAGAUAAGGAUUCCUACUAUUGUGGAUUACAAAGAAGUGCUACUGACUAUAAUUCCCCUGGAGAGAAGAACGCUUCACCUGUACAGCUUUAUCUGUGAACUAUCACUAUUGAACACAGGUCUCUGUGUAUAUUCUCCUGCCAAUCUGGCUGCUGCAGCACUACUACUGGCUAAGAUACUGCACAGGCAAGCACAUCCUUGGAACAGCCAGCUGUCUGAAUGCACUGGAUUCUCCCUUGAAGACCUGAUACCCUGUGUGCUGAGCCUACACCAAAAAUGUUUCCAUGAUGAUGUCCCAAAGGAUUAUAGGCAGGUGGUGUUGACUGCUGUGAAACAACGAUUUGAAGAUGAGCGUUAUGAAGAAAUUGGCAAGGAAAAGGUGAUGAGUUACAGCCAGCUCUGUUCGCUGUUAGGAGUGAAACAGGAGGACCCUGAGCCCAGUCCCUUACACACAAGUGCUGAGGAAAUUCAGACUUUCCUUAGCUCUCCCUCUGGAAAGAGAACUAAAAGGAGAAGGGAAGACAGCAUUCAGGAAGACAGGGGCAGCUUUGUGACUACACCCACAGCUGAACUAUCCACGCAGGAAGAGAGCCUUCUGGACAACUUCCUGGACUGGAGCUUGGACUCCUGCUCAGGUUAUGAAGGAGAUCAGGAAAGUGAAGGGGAGAGAGAGGGAGAUGUGACCGCUCCCAGUGGAGUCUUGGAUGUAACUGUAGUCUAUAUGGAUCCAGCAGAGCAUUGCUGUCAGGAUUCCAGUGAUGAAGAUAGCCUAGCGGUGGAAUGGCCUGGACAGGAUGUACCAGCGAGAAAGGCGGAGCAGCCAGAUGCUGAGAAACAGCGGCUUGCUGGUCACUGUCAAAAAGAACCCACACUAGAAGCCACCUCAGGCUAUUCCUCUGUCCACAGUGCCAGUCCUACUUCCUCUGUAGAUGGCAGCUUUGGAGCACCGAUCAAAACUACCUCAGCACUGUCUCUGGGCAGUGCCGUGAACAAAGGGCCAUACCUCCCUCACUACUUGAAAUCACAUUUACAGUCUGUCCGUCCUAAGUCCACUGAGGGCAAGUGUGAGAGAAGGCAAGUCAAACGGAAAAACGUGGCUGAGCAUAGUGAAGAAGAGAGGAUGAACUUGGGCUUCUUGAGCCUCUGAUUUUGGUGCUGUUUACUUUCAUUUCAGAGGGGUCCUGGAAACAGUAUUUUGGUGUAGUCUUGCAGGGAAGGUAACAAGUAAUUGUCAGUGUCAGUAGCAGAGCCCCCCACCCCUCCAGUGCAAGAUGGCCUAUGCUAAUCAUGCUCUGCAAGUUCCAUUUCAUGCUUCUAUGGCUUAGUGCUGAGCCACCUUGUUUCGUGGUAGCUGCUUUUUUAAAUGUUCCCCAUAAUCUGAUCCUAUGCAAAUUAAGAACCCCCUCUGGUCUUGAGCACAUGUAAAGAAAACCUAGAACCCUUGUGUGUGCUACUCCAAGCCAUCUUGAUUUUACCCUGCAAUGCAUUGCCCAAUGGGUAGCUGAUUCCUCUGCAGAGGAAGAAGGGGAAAAAAUAAAACUCUGCUGCUAUGACCUAUUCUUCCCCAUACACUGUCAUAAUUCAGGAAAAGCUCUUGAAGGAACCUGCCUGUAGCCAGCCAUGAGGUGGAGCACUGUCAACACUGCAGCCUCUCCUGUUUGUUUUAUUAGUGCUGGCUGAAGACUCCCGUAUCAGAUUAUUUAUGCCUGAAGCUAAGGCCAAGUGUUACCCCCCACUUACUCUCUCUGGACAUUAACUACACUGCCCUAGGGAGCCAAGCAAAGGGUGGUGAUGGUAAAUGGAGAUACUUACUUUAACAGACUGGAGCUUUUUAAACAUCCCUUCUCUGGGGCAGGCUCUGGGCCUUAUUCUCCUUCUAUUAGUCCUACACUGCUGUAGCUCCAGUCAGCUCACUUACACAGCUGUCAGGCCCUCCACUUGAGCAAACACAUGGAGCUAGAGGAAGAACAUCCCCAUCUGUGCCUUACAACUUCACUGCCUUAUGCCUUUAGUUACAGUACCACUGGUGCAGUCUGCAAGAACUCAGUCCUAGUGUCAUUGUUGUGUUCUGUCCAUAUUGCAGUUUGUCUUCCUUGCUAUUCUUCCAAAAUGGCCUCCAAUAGACCCUGAUUCUACUUUCAUGUUUGAAUUUACUUUGAACACUAGAACAGAGGCAGCAAUGUAACAACCCUUCUCCAUGAAGCCCUAUUUGCUAUUAUCUUAGACACCUCUCCAUGGCAUCCCAGCCAGCAAGGAAGAGCUGGUGUCUUUCCCACAAUACUGGAUAAAGGAUUCCAUGCUUUAUGUAGUGUGUGGAAGCUGUACAAGAACAGCAAAACCCCUAAGAAUCUGAGGGACUAGAGUCUACUUUACCCCUUGACUUAGUUGUUACAAGAGGGGCUGACCCUCUUGAACAGGUGGUGAAAACAUACCAUGGUACAAGACUUCUGGCAGCUGUUUGUCAUGCCGGAUAACACUGGAACUGUGCUCCCUGUUUACUUUCCUUUGUUUAGAAAUUAUUGGGGCAGAGACAAUGACUGUUCACAUACAGUGUAGUGACUUUUGUAUAAAACAAUCUUUUUUA